AUGGACGCUCCACUUGUCGUUGACCUUGGUGGUUUUCUGGAUCACAUGGCUAAUCAUCCUAACGAGCCUCUUCCACAGUCCAUAAGAGAUGAGUGCCAAAAAGUCGCUGAAAAUUUUCACAGCAAUGGAAUUUUAAUUGCCCGUGACCCUAGGGUUAAUGAACAAGCCAACUGGGACUUUAUCGACAUGAUGGAGCAAUAUUAUCUCAGAGCCAGCAAUCAGCUUUACAAUGGCGAAAAAGUUGCAGAAGUCCACCCAGAACUUCAUUUCCAAAUCGGCGCUACCCCAGAAAAUGUUGAAAAGGCUCGAAAUCACUGUGAGAGGAUCAAUAACUUGCCAGAAGACUCAAAAGCUGUUUCUGAGUGCCCACCUCAGUAUGACGCCAAGUGGCGAUAUUUCUGGAGAAUUGGGAGUUUUGGGACUCCCAGCUCAGAAGUGGAUCCUGAAAACGUUGUGCCUCCAGAAUUUCCUGAAUGGGCAAGCACAAUGAAUAAUUGGGGAGAUCUUAUGCUGAGAACUGUAGAAACAGUCGUAAGAAUGUUUGAAGUCGCGUCUGGAGUGGAGCCUGAAAAAAUCGUUGAUAUGAUGAGAGGAGCUCCACACUUGUUAGCUCCAACUGGAGCUGAUUUGAGAAAGUGGGGCAAAGGAACUGUGUUUGCUGGGUAUCAUUAUGACUUAAAUUUCAUUACUAUUCAUGGAAAAUCAAGAUUUCCAGGACUUUCAGCGUGGAUGAGAAAUAACAAAAAAAUUGAUGUUGCAGUUUCCAAGUGGUGACCAAUAUAUUUUAUUUAAAAAAAAUUUACUAAUAUCCUUAAUAAUAAGGAAAAAUAACUGCUCUAAGCUAACCUAAUGCGAUUUUACACGAUUUUUAGCUGCUUGGUCGUAUUUUAAAUGCUUUAAUUAUACCCCUAAUAUAUAUACAGUUAAAAAAAAUUUUAAAAUUUUUAUUAUCCAAGUGGCUGUUUACUUUUACAAGCAGGAAAACUCUUUGAAUAUAUCACUGGAGGCUAUGUCUUAGCAGGUUAUCAUGAAGUUGUAUUUAAUGAUAGAACAGAAGCAGCUGUUAAUACGGCAAGAGAGAAUGGAAAAAUUCUGUGGAGAGUCAGCAGCACUUUGUUUGGGCACUUUAGGCAUGAUGUGGUACUGCAACCUAUGGAAGAAUUUGCUGAUAGAUUCAUUCUGCCAAGAGAAGAAACAAUGGCAAAAUAUCCACCACUCACAGCUGCAGAUAGCUUGAAAGAAGAACUUAGACUGAUUAAUCUUUGGAAAAAUGAAAAUCCAGAAGCACCUGCUAAUAGAGGGUAUUAA